AUAAAGAUUUUUUUCGUAUAUAAAGCUGUGCGCGAGUUUUUUUCAUCAGUACCAAUUUUUACUUAACAACUCUUGUACACAUCAGUGCACCAACAAAUCAUCAUGUUCAAAUUGCUAAUGCUCCUCGUUGUUCUUGCCAUUGCCUCAGUAGCGCUAGCCGUACCAAGGGCCUUCCCUGGACCCAAUCCUGGACCUAACCCAGCUGCCGCACCAUCUCCACAGUGGUUGUAUGGAAGCUACCCUUACUACAGUGGUUACUACUACGGUUAAGGGUUUACAAAAUUGUCGUCACACUACCUAAAAACACUGAAGUCGAUAUUCAAAUUGAACACUAUUUUUUGGUUUUUAACAAAUUAGUUGUAUAUGGCUUUUUUAUUUCUUGAAAUAAAUAUACUGCUUGAUUAGAA